UUUAUUUGAACGACUCCAUUCAACGGAUUCUCUUGACGAUAAAUUGGUAUUUUGACGCAUUUUAUUUUAUUUUAGUGAAUUGUCCAGGAAUAUUCUAACCAUUGAGUGUAAUAAACGCAGUGUGAAGUAUUAUAUGUGUGUAUUGCCAAGAUGACGUCGGAAAAAGGCUCUCGGAGGGAUAAAAACCAGAACAUCCAAGUGUUUGUAAGACUAAGACCUCUUAAUCAGAGGGAGCGAGACAUCAAGUCCCUGGGAGUCGUGGAAGUAGUGAACGGGCGAGAGGUGGUGGUGCGCCAGUCACAGCAGACCACACUCACUAAGAAGUUCACAUUUGACCGUGCUUUCGCUCCUAAUACUAAACAGAUUGAAGUGUACCAACAAGUAGUAAGCCCUUUAAUAAAGGAGGUGCUAUGCGGCUACAACUGCACCGUGUUCGCCUACGGGCAGACAGGCACCGGCAAGACACACACUAUGGUCGGCGAGAGCACUGGUGAUGAGAACGUCAACUGGCAGAAUGACCCUCUGGCCGGCAUCAUUCCCCGCGCUCUGAGCCAAUUAUUCGACGAGCUACGCAUCUCUAACACCGAGUACACAGUCCGGGUGUCAUACUUGGAGCUAUAUAAUGAAGAAUUAUUUGAUCUGCUGUCAUCUUCUGAAGAUAACUCGAAACUAAGGAUCUAUGAAGAUGUCACUAGGAAGGGAUCUAACAUUGUUAAUGGAUUGGAAGAGAUUACGGUAUACAACAAGAAUGAAGUAUACAAGAUUAUGGAACAGGGCCAAGAGAGGAAGCGGGUGGCUUCUACACUUAUGAAUGCGCAAUCUAGCCGUUCCCACACAGUAUUCACCAUCGUCGCACACAUGAAAGAGAACAACCAGGAGGGUGAAGAGCUGGUCAAGAUCGGCAAACUGAACCUCGUCGAUUUAGCCGGCUCUGAAAACAUCAGUAAAGCUGGCUCUGAUAAUCCCGCGAAGAAAGAGAGGGCGCGGGAAUGCGUGAACAUUAAUCAGAGUUUAUUGACCCUAGGGAGAGUUAUUACAGCUUUGGUGGAGAGACAUCCACAUAUACCAUACAGAGAAUCAAAGCUCACCCGAAUCCUCCAAGAGUCCCUCGGAGGCCGCACCAAGACCUCCAUCAUCGCCACCAUCUCCCCCGGCCACAAGGAUCUGGAAGAGACCAUGAGUACCCUGGAAUAUGCCCACCGAGCCAAGAACAUCCAGAACAAGCCGGAGGUGAACCAGAAGAUGACCAAGACUGCCAUGCUGAAGGAGUAUGCCGAGGAGAUUGACAAGCUCAAGAGAGACUUGCAGGCCGCCAGGGAUAAAAAUGGCGUCUGCAUAUCCACCGAAACCUUCGCCGAAAUGAAUCUCAAAGAAGAGGAGCAACGCAAGGAGAUACAAGAACUGCUGCUAAGAAAGCGCGCGAUGGAGGAGGAACGAGAUCGCAAGGAGACAGUCUUCAAUGACCUGAACCAGACGUUGCAAGAGAGAGUGUCCGAGCUGAAUAGAACGAGACUGGCUAUGCAGACCACGAAGGAAAAGCUCGUUAAUGUUAACAAUGCACUCCAAACCACGAAGAUCCAAUGCGAGGAGCAGAAACACCUGGUCGACCGACAUCGCGCCACCGAGGAGGAGCUGAGCGCGCAGGCUCUAGACAUCAUCGCCGUCGCCGACACCGCCGCGACACACGUGCACCACCUGCACGCCAGUGUCGACAAACGCAGGUGUAAACACCUGGUCGACCGACAUCGCGCCACCGAGGAGGAGCUGAGCGCGCAGGCUCUAGACAUCAUCGCCGUCGCCGACACCGCCGCGACACACGUGCACCACCUGCACGCCAGUGUCGACAAACGCAGAAUGGUGGAGUCCCGGAACGUGCAGGUGACGGCGGAGUACCGGCGCCAGGCGGGCGCGCUGCGGGCGGGGGCGGUGACGGCGGGCUACGGGCGCGCGGGGGGCUUCGUCGACGGUCUGGCGCACGCCUUGCAGGCUUUACACCAACAGACGGGUGUGUACUACAUGUGCAGGUGA